GAGUUACCUCCUUGCACGCCCGUUGCAAACCAUUCGACUUUCCUCGCAACCUUCGUGCCUUUCUGUCUUUACACUCGUUUCCAACAUGCGCUUCACUCUCCCCACCGUUCUCUUCGCUGGUGCCCUCUCCGUCAGCGCCGUUUCACUCCGAGCCAGGCAGAACUUUCCCACUUGCUCUGAAAGCUGUGUCGCCAACCCUUCUAACCUCUUCGGUUGCACCGCGACCGACGACACGUGCCUAUGCAACAGCCAGCAAUACGUCGCAGAAACUACUCAAUGCAUUGUUAAUGCCUGCGAUGCUGCCGAUGCUGCCAGCGCGGAAGCACUCUCUCGCCAGCUCUGUGCUGCUGUUGGUGUCACGCUGACCUCCACGCCGACGCCUUCGCCUUUUGGCUCCGCUUCCGGUGCCUCAUCUACCCCGACUGGGUCCUCUGGCUCUUCGACCUCUGCUCCCAGCUCCUCAGGCAGCUCUGGCUCUGCGCCUGCUCCUACUCAGUCCACUGGUGGUGCUAUGUCCAACGGCAUCAACGUUCUUGUCGGUGCUGCCGCUGCGGCUAUGGCGGUUGCCUUCACCCUCUGAGGCGUUUUGCACAGCGGACCCGCGGUCUUUAGACAGUCCAGCCUGUUUGCUUGUAGCAUGACAGCAGGGCUGCACCUUCGAACAGGGUACGAGCUUGGCAUAUUCUUUAUUCAUAUUGUAUAUAGUUCUUGAUACUACGGAUUUUGGACCUGUCACUGUCGAUAAUUGUCACCCCGCAAUGUAGCCUAGAUUCUUUUUUACGCUCAAACGGUGUCAUACUGCGCAUCCGGCUCUUACUUUUAGACUUCAAGGUUGGACGUUCAGCUUUCGUAUGUCCGAUAUUUUGGAUUGGGAGGGCCCCUGGCGCUGUGUCAUGUGUAUGGGGCCUCAACAAUUGC